AUGGACGGAGGAGGAGAGGGUCAUUCAAUAGGAAUAGACCUAGGGACAACCAACUCCUGCGUGGCUGUGUGGGAGAACGAUCAUGUUGAAGUGAUAGUGAAUGAUCAGGGCAGUAAGACUACUCCUUCUUGUGUUGCUUUCACUGAUACAGAGAGCUUGGUAGGUGAUGCUGCACUUGACCAGAUUAUCCGAAACCCUGCCAACACCAUUUUUGAUGCAAAGAGGUUAAUUGGAAGGAGGUUCACUGAUGCUUCUGUCCAAAAUGACAUGAAGCUCUGGCCAUUCAAGGUUACUAAAGGUCCUGAGGAUAAGCCUAUGAUUGUGGUUACCCAGGAGGGUAAAGAAAAAAAGUUUGCUGCUGAGGAAAUCUCAUCCCUGGUUCUUGCAAAGAUGCGGGAGGUUGCUGAGGCCUACCUGGGCUCUACUGUGAAGAAUGCAGUUAUCACUGUCCCUGCGUAUUUCAAUAAUUCUCAGCGGCAGGCUACGUAUGAUGCAGGUACUACUGCUGGCCUAAAUGUGAUGCGUAUAAUAAAUGAACCAACUGCCGCAGCAAUUGCUUAUGGCCUUCAGAAGAAAGCUGGCUGGUACAGCAAGAGAAAUGUGGUAAUAUUUGAUUUGGGCGGUGGUACUCUAGAUGUGUCGCUGCUUAGCAUAGGGGAUGAUGUUUUUGAAGUGAUGGCCACUGCUGGAGACACUCAUCUCGGAGGUGAAGACUUUGAUAACAAAAUGGUGAAUUAUUGUGUUGAGGAAUUUAAGAGGAAGCAUCAAUUGGACGUCAGUGGUAACUCCAGAGCUCUAAGGAGGAUAAGAAAUGCAUGUGAAAAGGCAAAGAAGAGGCUUUCAUUUGCUUGUUCUGUUGACAUUGAGAUUGAUUGUUUGUUCCUGAGUACUGAUUUCUAUAUAACAUUUACUCGUGACAAAUUUGAACACAUCAACAUGGAUUUGUUUAGCAAGUGUAUGGAGCCUGUGGAGAGAUGUUUGAGGGAUUCUAAAAUGGACACAAGCAGUGUCCAUGAUGUUGUUCUUAUUGGUGGCUCUUCUAGAAUUCCUAAGGUGCAGCAGCUAUUACAGGAUGUGUUCAAGGGGAAGGAGCUUUGCAAGGGAAUCAAUCCAGAAGAGGCUGUGGCUUAUGGUGCAGCUGCUCAAGCAGCAGUCUUGGAUGGGAAUAGAAACGGUAUUGGAAAGCUUAAAGACUUCACUCUCAUGGAUGUCACCCCAAUGUCCCUUGGAGUUAGGACUACGAUCAGUAAGCCAUUGAAAUCUAAUCAUAAUAUGACUGUUGUGAUACCAAGAAAUACUAGAAUUCCAGUCCUAAAAAACCAAACUCUGCCCACUUCCAUAGACAACCAAAUUUUAUGUGAGUUCGCUAUUUUUGAGGGCGAGAGUGAAACAACCUUGAACAAUUAUCUCUUGGGUAGCUUUACCAUCCACGAUCUUCCUCCAGCUCCCAAGGGCACUGUUAAGUUCAAUGUUUGCUUUGAUAUUGAUGCAAAUGGUCUCUUGAGUGUCUCUGCUGAAGAGAUAUCUACAGGCAAGAGAAAAAAGAUUACAAUUACUUGUGACAGAAGAACAUUAAGGAUUGAGAAGAUGAGGUGA